AUGAAUCAACCACGCCGAUACAACGUAGAGCGAUCAUGUUUACGCUGCCACGAGCACAAGAUCAAGUGCGACAAGGGAAAACCAUGCAGCAAAUGCAUGCGACAGAAGGUAAUCUGCCAGUAUCCAGGUCCGAGCCGAGCCAAGCGCCAACCCCCGAAGAAGAGCACGACCGAUGUUGCGCUUCGGUUGGGGCAGCUUGAAAAGCUAAUCGCGGCGAUGAUCGAGGAACGGUCGAAUAGCUUGGACAGUCAACCCCAAGUCCAAAAUUCAAGCUUCCCGAUACCGAAUAGCCUAUCCGUCUUUAGGCCGCCAUUAAGCCACCCAGCUGUGACAGACCGCCCUGCCCACCAGGAGUUUCUAGACAAAGAUGGCCGGUAUAUCAAUGAGCCUCUCCUCUCGCGGGUGCUUGAGAAAGAGCAGGAGCUGAAGUCUGCAAUUGGAUCACCGAUUGGCGCAACCAGUUCGCGCCGACUACCGGCGUUGAGGGCAGAUGGCCUCUUCACAAACCUUCUUUCGGCUCGGAUUGACCCCCAUGGGCUAUUUCCGAGUCGCUGGGAGGGAGUUUUUCUCUGGCAAACCUUUCUCAGCCGUGUAGAUCCCUUGGUAAAGGUCAUUCAUGUUCCAACAGCACAAUCGCACAUUUUUGCUGCGAUUAGCCGACCUGAGACUGUUCGUGCCGAUGUACAUGCUUUGCUCUUUGCUAUUUGCUUCGCCGCUACAACAGCCUUGCUUUCGGAUGAUGCUCAGAAUGAAGUUCGGCAUGCCAAUCUGCGACGGUAUCAAUGGGGGAUGGAGUUGUCUUUAUACCACUCCAAUUUUUUGGAUGCCCCAACCCUGACCUCGUUGCAGGCGAUGGUCAUAUACCAGACAUGCUUUCGAUUUAGCAAUAGCGGCCGGUCUGGCUGGACCUUACACGGCGUAACUUUUCGAGCUGCGCAGUCCAUCGGCCUCCAGCGGGACGGAAAAAACUUUAAACUCCCACAAUUAGAACGCGAGCUACGCCGAAGAACUUGGGGAUACAUUCAAUCGGCUGAUGCCCGAGUAGCAGAAGACCAUGGGCUCAGCGUCCCGGAAAACGACUACGGCGACACCGAGCUCCCGCUGAAUAUCAACGACCAAAAUUUAUCAGAAACGAGCGCCGAGCCAGCCAUAUCGCAGAGCCGAUGGACCGAGUUGACAUUUACUCUAAUCGUUAUCGAAAUUAACAGGGCGCGGCCGGCCUUAUUCCGAAGCUUAGUCGGGGUAGAUAAUCCAGAGGGACUCAUCGCCGAGUUUAAAGGCGCAAUAGAGGAGAAGUACCUGCGACAUAGCGACCCGGAAAUCCCGAUUCAGCGCUUUGGCUUCCUCCUCGGCCGGCUACUCCUCACGAAGACCGAAGUGUGCAUUCGACAGAAACAGCUGCAAUCACAGGGUCCGACGGCCUGCUCACUCGACUACCACCUUGUCCAACAGACGCUAGCACAGGCCUGCUAUGGUGUGGAAAUUGGCCUCGAGAUGUGCAGCAGUGAAUUGCUGCACGGCUUCCGCUGGCUUAUGAUGACUUAUACUCAAUUCCAUCUCCUCACUUUUAUUCUCUGGGCUCUGUGUGUUUAUCCCACUGGUCCACAUGUAGAACGAGCCUGGCGUGUUAUUGAUAUCCAGUUCGAGCUGAUUGAUGAAUCCUCUUGGCCAGACCCGGGACCCAAAUGGCCGAUGAUUGCGCAGUUGCGGGAUAAGGCGCGGCGUAUCCACCAGGCGCUUGAUUCUGCUGAGCAGAGCCAGCAAAUUGUUCGUGACAAUUUUACUGUUUGUGUGGAUGGGACUGGGUCUGGGAAUUAUCGGCCUGAGGCAGGUUUUGAUAUUGAUAGUUGGGAUCCGAACUUUGUCGACUUUUCGGAUUGGAAUAGCUUGGCCCACAGUCUUUGUCUCUUGGAUUGA